UUUCCGGUCCUCCGGGUGCUGACGCUCUCUUCCGGUCGUGUGGCCCUAGGAAAGCUUUUGGGGUGCUGCACGAUGAGGCUACUGGAAUUGGUGGUGUUGGCGCUAUUAGCUGUCACUCAAGCAGAGGAAGGAGCCAGGCUUCUGGCUUCCAAAUCGCUGCUAAACAGAUAUGCCGUGGAGGGGCGAGACCUGACCUUACAGUACAACAUUUACAACGUUGGCUCAAGUGCUGCAUUAGAUGUGGAAUUAUCUGAUGAUUCCUUUCCUCCAGAAGACUUUGGCAUUGUCUCUGGUAUGCUCAACGUCAAAUGGGACCGGAUUGCUCCUGCUAGCAACGUCUCCCACACUGUGGUCCUGCGCCCUCUCAAGGCUGGUUAUUUCAACUUCACUUCUGCAACAAUUACGUACCUGGCACAGGAAGAUGGACCUGUUGUGAUUGGCUCUACCAGUGCACCUGGACAGGGAGGAAUCCUGGCUCAGCGGGAGUUUGAUAGGAGAUUCUCCCCUCAUUUUCUGGACUGGGCAGCCUUUGGUGUCAUGACCCUGCCCUCCAUUGGCAUCCCCCUGCUCUUGUGGUACUCCAGCAAGAGGAAAUACGACACUCCCAAAACCAAGAAGAACUGAGUAGGGCUUCGGCCUUCCUCUCCCAAGAAACCAGGUGCUUUCCAGACUACAAAGGUUAUCUCAGUUGUGAUCUCUUAGCUCUUAGUCCACAGCCACCUUGUCCUGGAUCCUGCCCUGCUCGCAACCAGAGUGAAGGAUCGGGCCUGGGAGUCUGUGAGAGCCUGCUUGGUUCCAUUGCAAAGCCAUAUAAACAGGAAUGCCUUCAGCCACAACCUUGGGCCUAGAGGGCCUCACUAAGGUGCUGUUGGUAUACUGCUGGCAAUGUGAACUCACAGGGGUCCAGGAAGGGACCCUUCAGAGACUGCCUGACGCCACCUCUAUCCCUGCCCUUUCCUUGAAGAAGAAGGUGGAAGAUGAAAGCUGUGGGACUCUAUGAGGCUACCCAGUCUCUGUUUUGGGUUAGGGAAGUGCUUACCAAAUGGGGUUUUCUAAUAAAAACAAAUGCCACACUGA